AUGACGCCCUUCUUCCGCUCCGUGUUACGACAUAAAUAUGCUUUUACAUCACGCUUCUUGUCAACUGUAGUGGAUCAAACAACUUCAUCUACGCGUCGACGUUUGCGAGAACUACCACCGCCAUUGAAUCUGACGGAAGCUGCUGUAAUUCGUAUAAAGGAGCUUUUGGACAGUAAACCUGACGCUAUUGGGAUUCGUUUAGGGGUUAAAACGCGUGGUUGUAAUGGUCUAUCAUACACUAUGAAUUAUGCUGAAAAGAAAGAGAAAAUGGAGGAGGAAGUAUGCAAGAAUGGUGUCCGUGUAUUUGUCGAGCCUAAGGCGCUAUUCCAUGUGGUUGGCACAACCAUGGACUUUCAGGUGACACCAGUCUCAUCCGAAUUCGUGUUUGAGAAUCCGAACGCCAAGGGAAGCUGUGGUUGUGGAGAGAGUUUUAACGUCUAG